AUGACGCAUAAUUCUGUCUCAGAUUUUAUUAUGGGCCUAAAAUCCCGACACACUGAAACCAGGCAUAAAUCUAUAAGGGAACUUCUGCAUUUUGUAAAGACGGACUUACGAGAAAUGACCCAGGAGUCUGCCACCCAAGUCCUUGAUGAACUCAAUCAACAAAUCCAUUUACUCACUUCUAGUUACGAUAAUAACGACAAAAAGGCUGGAAUAUUAAUAAUAGUAUGUUUAGUGAGUGGAGAUUCUGAAGCCAAUAAAACUAGAAUAAUUAGAUAUGCCCAAUAUUUAAAAAAUAUUUUUCCUUCAAAUGAUAUAAAUAUCCUAGAAUUAGCUGCUAAAACAAUGGGCCGGAUUGCAGUCUCAUUGGGCAUAAAGAGAGGAGAAUUUGUUGAAUUGGAAAUAAAAAGAGCAUUUGAAUGGUUAGCUGAAGAAAGAAAUGAAUGCAAGCGUCUUUCUGCUUGUUUUAUUUUAAGAGAACUAGCUAUAGCAAUGCCAUCAUAUUUCUUUCAGCAUGUUAAUUGUUUCUUUAAUUAUAUUAUGCUUGCGUUACAUGAUCCUAAAGAGCAGGUUAGAGAUGCUGCUGCUAAAGCUAUAAGAGCUGCUUUUGUUGUUACUGUUAAAAGAGAAAUCCCAGAACAAAGCAAUAAAGCACAUUGGUAUAUACAGUGUUAUGAAGAAGCUAUAGCUGCUUUCACUGACCAUAUGGCAAGAGAGAGGAUUAUAAGUAGGGAUGAUCAUGUCCAUGGUGCUCUUUUGCUAUUAAAUGAACUUCUAAGAUGUUCCAAUGUAAAUUGGGAGAAAAAAUACACAAAGCUCAUGCAAAAACUUGACUCGGAACAAGAAAUUUUGGAUGAAAUGUCAAAUUUUAAUCCCAAAGGACAUUUAUCUGGAUACCACAGUUACACUGAUGAAAAAUCACAGUCUGUAGUUAUUUAUGAAUCUUCCAUUUGUAAAAAGCUGAUUUCUGAAAAAUAUGAUAAAAUAGCUGUUGAAGUUAUGGCUCAACAAAUAUCAAGAUCUCAUAGUGUUCAUCAAUUGCUUCUAUUAUUAAUACCAAGAUUGGCAGCAUUCAACAAAGAAGCUUUCACAAAAAAACAUCUUAAAUCAACAAUAAAUCAUCUUAUUACAUUUCUUAGAGGCAGAGAAAAAGAAAAAGCAAUGGCUUUUACGACAUUGGGGUUGAUUUGCAUAGUCGUUGAGGACGACAUCCAACCGUAUCUUACUAGAAUUAUAGAAAUAAUAAAAGUUGCACUUCCAUUAAAAGAUGUACCAAAAAAGAAAAAUGGAAAUGAAACUACAUUAUUCAACUGUGUGACCUUACUUGGUAUUGCCAUGAAAGAAUGUGUUGCAAAUGAAAUAAAGGAACUUCUAGAUCCAAUGUGUGCUACAGGACUUAGUCCACAAUUAACAACAUGCUUUAAAGAACUCAGCCAAAAUGUACCUUCUUUGAAAAAAGAAAUUACAGACAGAUUACUGAAUAUUUUGUCCUUAAUAUUGAGAAAGAAACCAUACAUUACUAACAGUGCAGAUUCGCCUGUAGUUAUGUUUUCUACAGCUCUGUUAGCGGAACCUCAUGAUGCACACAAAUUAGUCUUAGCUUUACAUACUCUUGGGAAUUUUGAUUUUGAUUGGAAUAAUACACUUAUGUCUUUUAUAAGAAGAUGUACAGAUCAUUAUUUGCAAAGCGAACAACAAGAUAUACGUCUCGAGACCAUUAAGACUGUAGCUAAAUUACUUAUUAAAGCAAUUGAGAAAUGCGCUUACUCAAAUUCGCGAACUUUAAAUGCAUUGAUUGAUGAGUCGCUGGGCAAGCUUUUAUCUAUCGGUCGUUCGGAUUUUGAUCACGAAGUACGUUAUCGAGUACUAGAAAUAUUCACCAAUCCUAUAUUUGAUAAAUAUUUAGCUGUAGAAGAACAUCUCAGUUGUCUUUUUGUUGCUAUAAAUGAUUCAAAUAGUGAUGUGAGUGAAUUAGCCCUUUGUGUAGCGGGAAGGUUGAGCAAUGUGAACCCUAGCUACACUACUCCUGCCUUGCGUCAGUUAUUUGUACAGAUUUUAAUGGAACUUCAACAUUCGGAAUCAACACGUAAUAAGGAACAGUCACUGCGGAUGAUCAACAACCUCAUAUGUCAUGCUCCGAGAUUAACGCGACAAUUUGUAGAUACUAUUUUAAAAGUGCUUGUUCCGAAACUGAAAGAGAGUGAUAGCAACUCUGUCAUGAUAUGUACAAUCCUAAAGGCUAUUGGGGAUCUCGCAGAAGUGAACAGUGGAGGCAAUGCCUUAAUACAAUGGUUACCUGAAUUGAUGUCAAUUCAACUUGAAAUACUAUCAGAUCCAAAUCAGCCUGAAAAACGGAGUGUAGCUCUUUGGUCGUUCGGACAAGUAAUAAGCUCAAUUGGCUACGUCGUUACACCAUAUAUGGAAUAUCCUAAUCUUAUGGAUAUGCUGCUUAAUUUGAUAAAAACGGAGCACAAUUCAAGAGACAGGCGAGAAGCAGUUCGUGUGCUAGGCUUGUUGGGGGCACUAGAUCCAUAUAAACAUAAAAUUAACCAGGGGCUUAUUGAUUUCCAAACAAUAUCUACAUUGAUACCAGUGACAGAUAGUCACGACAAUAUUGAUAUAAAUGUAAGUGAAAUGCUAGUGAGCAUGUCUCCAUUGGUCCUGGAUGAAUUUUAUCCGGCGAUCGCAGUUACAUCUUUAAUGCGUAUUUUACGAGACCCUUUGUUGGCCCAGCAUCAUAUAAGUGUCGUUAAUUCAGUUACUUAUAUAUUCCGAACGUUAGGCAUUAAAUGCGUGCCGUAUAUAUCGCGAGUGACCCCCAGUCUUUUGUACGUGAUUCGUACUACAGAUAAUUACAAUUUUCGAGAAUUUCUUUUUACCCAGCUCGCACUUAUAAUAUCAGUAGUCAAAAUUCACAUUCGGCCAUAUUUAGAAGAUGUAUUUGACUUAAUCAGAGAAUAUUGGACACAUGACAGUCAGAUUCAGCACACACUCAUAUUACUUGUAGAGCACAUAACUGUGGCUAUUGGCACAGAAUUCAAGAUAUAUCUAAGAAAGAUACUACCAAACAUUUUAAGGGUUUUAAAAUACGAUAAUAGCAAAGAUAGAAUAUUAACACAGAAGCUUUUACUGACAAUACAAAAGUUUGAAAAUAACUUGGACGAUGUUCUUAUGUCGGUAGUGCCAGCUAUAACGGGACUCUUUGAUGGUAGGAAUAUUCCGACGUCGAUAUCGAUAUUAGCGAUGAAAACGAUUGAACAUUUGUCAAUGUAUUUAUAUUUUAAGCCAUAUUCGGCAAUGCUGAUACAAGAGCUAGCAAAGGUUUUGGAAAACAGUCCCCCUUUACGACAAGCGGCCAUGGAUACUCUGUGUGCUCUGAUUGUUCAAUUGGGCCGCGAAUAUAUAGAUUAUAUACCUUCAGUAGACAGAAUAUUAAGCAAAUAUAAAAUUCAAUGUCCAAACUACAUUGUAUUGGUAACUCGAUUGCAAGUGAUUUCGACUUUGGCUUCCGACGAUGAUUAUUUAGAUGAAACUCGGUUACGACUACGAAAUCAAAAGACCGAUGUCGUAACUAACAGUGACCUGCAAGCGAUUCAGAAGCUAACUCUUAAUGUAGAUAAACUUCGGAAAUGUUGGUUAGUGAAUAACCUUAUAUCAAAAGAGGACUGGGUGGAGUGGUUGCGGCAGCUGAGUGUUGGAUUCCUCACAGAGUCGAAUAGUCCAGCUAUUAGAGCAUGUGCGAGUUUAGCUCAAAACUACCCGCAACUAGCGAGCGAUUUAUUUAACGCGGCCUUCAUGUCGUGUUGGACUGAGCUAAGCGAGCAGCCACGUGCCGAGCUCGUGUCGGCUUUGGAAAGAGCUCUGGCAGUACCUGAUGUUCCUGAAGUUUCUUUAGCAGUUUUGAAUCUGGCAGAAUUCCUGGAACAUUGCGAUAAGGGUGCUUUACCCAUAUCUAUCAAACUUCUCGGCGACACAGCUAUCACUUGCCGGGCGUAUGCUAAAGCUCUGUAUUACAAAGAAGAAGAGUAUAAAAGAAAUCCUUCAACGCAAGUAGUUGAGGCUCUAAUUCAUAUAAACAAUAAAUUACAACAAAAAGAAUCGGCUAAUGGCUUAUUAGAAAAAGUUAUAAUGGAGAAAAAGAAUGGAGAUUGUUCCCUCAAUGUUCACGUUCGGUGGUAUGAGAAGUUACACAAUUGGGAUCAAGCGCUGGACCUUUAUACUAAGAAGUUAGAAGUGGAACCACAAGAUGUAGAGUCCAAGAUGGGGAUGAUGCGCUGCUUAGAAGCUAUGGGUGAAUGGAGGAAGCUAUACACCAUCACUGCGGAGCAGUGGGAUUCGAUGUCUGACAAUAUCAGAAAGAAAUCGGCAAAAAUUGCGGCAGCCGCUUCAUGGGGUCUGCAAGAAUGGGACUCCAUGAAGAAAUAUGUAGACUGCAUUCCCGAAGAUACUCAAGACGGUGCUUUUUACAGAGCAAUUCUAUCUAUCCACGAUGGUCAAUGGUCGGAGUCGAGACAUUUUGUAGAUACAGCAAGAAAUUUAUUAGACGCUGAACUAUCUGCAGUUGUCGGUGAAAAUUAUCAAAGAGCGUAUGGUGCUUUGGUGAACGCUCAGUUAUUAACAGAGCUGGAGGAAGUAGUUACAUAUAAACUUGUAGAAGAAAGAAGGGGUAUUAUUCAUAGAACAUGGUGGACAAGGCUUUUAGGCGGUCAACGUUUAGUUGAAGAUUGGCGCAAGAUGCUACAAAUACGCAGUCUUGUACUGAGUCCACGAGAAGAUUGUCAAACCUGGUUAAAAUUUGCUUCUCUCUGUAGAAAAACAGGAGCAAUAAGUCAGGCUCACAAAAUAGUUAUAUCGAUAUUAGGUUGCGAUCCGAUCGCGAACCCCGAUGUGUUAUUAAGGGUUCAAGAUCCAAGAAUUAUAUUAGCGUACAGUAAAAUUUUAUGGGACGCUGGCAAUAAACGCUACGCUUACGACGUCUUGCAGAGACUCGUUGAUAACUCUGAACCUGAAAAUGAAGAACAGUGCCGAUUACUCGCACGCUGUCAUCUUAAACUAGGAUCUUGGUGUGAAUCGCUACAAGAAAUCAAUGAAUUGUCUAUCCCUGAAAUUUUAAGGAAUUACGCAUCUGCCACAUAUAAUGCCCCAGAAUGGUAUAAAGCUUGUCACGCCUGGGCUUGCAUGAAUUUUGAAACCGUUUUAUUUUAUAAGCAACAAGAUAACAUUUCGGAGAGUAGCACAGCCGGAGGAUCUAGCGAGAAAAAGAUAUCGCGAGCAGAAUUCAUCAAUACUUACACGAUACCGGCUAUCGAAGGGUUCUUUAAAUCUAUCAGCUUGUCGAAUGGCAGUUCUUUGCAAGAUACAUUGAGACUUCUCACGUUGUGGUUCGAUCACGGCCAUCAUCCUGCCAUUUACGAUGCAUUGUUUGAAGGCAUCAGACAAAUCGAUGUUAAAAUAUGGCUACAAGUAAUUCCACAAUUGAUAGCCAGAAUAGAUUCUCCAAGAAGUUUGGUCGCUAAGCUCGUGCACAUUUUACUAAUAGAUAUAGGAAAGCUACAUCCACAAGCUCUAGUAUACCCCUUGACUGUGGCGACGAAGUCCUCUUUUGUAACAAGAAAAGCUGCCGCAAAUUACAUUUUAAAAACUAUGAGUUCCCAUUCAGAAAGAUUAAUUAAUGAAGCUGCUAUAAUAUCUGAGGAGUUGAUCAAAGUAGCAAUGUUGUGGCAUGACCAAGUUUACACUGCGCUUGAUGAUGCUUCUAGGUUAUAUUAUAGUGAAAAAGAUUAUAGAGGAAUGUUUAGAACAUUAGAUAAAAUGCACGCAAUGCUGGACCGUCCACCAGAGACCUUAAAAGAGGUAUCGUUCUUACAAAUGUACAGUCGAGAUUUGCAAGAGGCGCAGCGUUGUUGCGAGCUUUAUAAGGAGAGCAACGAGGAGCGCUACCUGAACAGCGCGUGGGACGUGUACUGCCACGUGGUGCGGCGCAUCGGGCAGCAGGUGCGCUCGCCGGCCGCGCUGGAGCUGCAGUACGUGAGCCGGCGCCUGCACGCCUGCCGCGACCUGCAGCUGGCCGUGCCCGGCUCCUACGUGCCGCGCCAUCCGGUCAUACGCAUCGCGCACAUCAACACGCACCUCCAGGUGAUCAAAUCGAAACAACGUCCCCGUCGUCUAACGAUCCAAGGCUCCGACGGCAAACAGUACAUGUUCCUGCUGAAGGGGCACGAGGACCUGCGCCAGGACGAGCGCGUCAUGCAGCUGUUCGGACUCGUCAAUACUUUGCUUCAAGCUGACCCCAGCACGAACAGACACGACCUCGCCAUACAGAGAUAUGCAGUUAUACCACUGUCCCCUAACUCUGGUCUCAUAGGCUGGGUCCCGCAGUGUGAUACGUUGUACAAUUUGGUCAGUGAUUACAGAGACAAGAAAUCCAAUAAGCUGGCCCUGACAAAAGAGCAACAGAUCAUGUUGGGAAUGGCGUCCGAUUAUCAGAAAUUGAUGCUUAAACACAAGGUUGAAAUAUUCGAAUACACGUUAUCCCAAACGCCCGGCAAUGAUCUGGCGAGGCUGCUGUGGCUCAAGAGUCCGUCCGCCGAGGCGUGGUUCGAGCGCCGCACCAACUACACGCGCUCGCUGGCCGUCAUGAGCAUGGUGGGCUACAUCCUCGGCCUCGGCGACCGGCACCCCUCCAACAUCAUGCUGCACCGGGUCACCGGCAAGGUCCUCCACAUCGACUUCGGAGACUGCUUCGAAGUCACUCAGACCAGAGAACGCUUCCCAGAGAAAAUACCGUUCAGGUUGACCAGGAUGUUGAUUAAUGCUAUGGAGGUGACAGGCAUAGAAGGCACGUACCGGUUCACGUGCGAGUCCGUCAUGCACGUGCUGCACCGCCACCGCGACAGCGUGAUGGCCGUGCUGGAGGCCUUCGUGUACGACCCGCUGCUCAACUGGCGCCUCAUCGACAACGAGCAACACUCCAUCACCGAGUCCACCUUCUCCUCAGACAUCGACUCUCCCUACUCUCUGCCGAGCCGCAGUCGCAACAUUCGCUACGAAUCCCUAGAAAUGCCCCCUGAAUCUAAUCUAAACAAGCGUGCCCUAGCUAUCCUUAACCGUAUCCGCGACAAACUCACAGGCCGCGAUUUCCCUCACAUAGAAGCGGUUGUCAGCGUCCCCAAGCAGGUGGAUUUGUUGAUCAAGAUAGCCACCAAUAAUGAAAAUUUAUGUCAGUGUUAUAUGGGUUGGUGCCCGUUUUGG